CUUUUGCACCCCACUCCUCCUCCAAGAUAAAGAACAAAAAAGAAAAAAGUUCCUCCAAUUCUGUCUCUCUACUAUAUAUUUAACAAUUCCUUCAUUUCCUUUCUCUAUGACAUGGGAAUCAUGGCAUGCGAACAAUCUGAGUCUAGCCACUCAAACAAUGAGUCUCAAUCUGAGUCCAACCACUAUCAACUAGAGUUAAAGUCCCUUCUUUCUCAGCCAAGCCUACAAUCAGUUCCUUCACUCACCUCACAAUCCCAACAACACUGUUUUUCCAACACAAACCACUACUGCCUCGCCACUCUCAAAGGCCAAACCUCUUACAUAUCCUCUCUCACCCUAGCUGGGAAAUUCCUCUAUGCAGGCUUUUCUGACGGAGAAAUCAGGUCAUGGAAACGCAAACCUUUUGACUCUGAUCAAUUAGACCAAGAAAGUUCAACAAACAACUUUGUAGUUGCUGGGAAAGGUGCCGUGAAGUCCCUAGUGGUACAAGCUGACAAACUCUAUAGUGCUCAUCAAGACCAUAAAAUCCGGGUAUGGAAAAUCAAUGACCAUGAACAACUUGAUGAUCACCAAAAGUACACGCACUUGGCUACACUCCCAACACUUGGUGACCGUGCUUUUAAGCUCCUGAUGCCUAAGAACCAGGUUCAGAUUCGAAGGCACAAGAGUUGCACUUGGGUACAUCAUGUUGAUGCUGUGUCUUCUCUUGCUUUGUCUCAGGAUGAGUCACUUCUCUACUCCGUUUCAUGGGAUAGGACACUCAAGAUUUGGCGAACAACGGACUUUAAGUGCUUAGAAUCCGUGACAAACGCACAUGAUGAUGCAAUAAACGCACUGGCAUUAGCCGAUGAUGGACAUGUUUAUACUGGCUCAGCUGACAAGAAAAUCAAGGUGUGGAAGAAAAACCCAGGUGAGAAACAUCGUUUAGUUGCCACGCUUAUCAAACACAACUCUGGGGUCAAUACAUUGGCUCUAAGCAAUGAUGGGUCUUUGUUGUACUCUGGUGCAUGUGACAGAUCCAUAGUGGUAUGGGAGAAGAGUAGUAGUGAUGGUGGUGGUGGCAACAUGGAUGUUAUGGGUGCGCUUAGAGGUCACACUAGCUCCAUUUUGUGCUUGGCUGUUGUGUCUGAUUUGGUUUGUAGUGGUUCAGCUGAUAGAAGUGUCAGGAUUUGGAGAGGCGUUGAUAGAAACUACGGUUGUGUGGCAGUGUUGGAAGGGCAUACAGGCCCAGUCAAGUGCUUGACUGCUGCAAUUGACAAUUGCAACACUUCUGAUACAGCAGCUUACCUUGUUUACAGCGGUGGUUUGGACUGUGACAUUAAAGUUUGGCAGGUUUUAGUUCCUGUUCUUUAGUGGACAAAUCCUUUUAUUUUUUGGUAAACAAGAAAAUAGAGCCCGUAGUUACUGUCCCCAACUCAAUUAAACUCUACCCAUGAAUAAUAUGGAAUUAUCCGCGCAAUAGUGUGACUUGCUACUACUUGAAGAAGUAACUUCGGAUUCUUGUAAGUCACAAGUUCUUCCUACUACUAGGCCAUCUCCGUGGUUGGUCUUUAGUGGACAAAUCCUUUUUUUCUUCUAGCCGGGGUUAUGUACAUAGUGCAAAAAGAUUGUGUUGUACUUAUUCUUUUCUCUUCUACUUUUCCCGUAUCUUUUUGUUCCUCUAUUUUAUUUUCAUCCUUCCUUGGAUGGCAUGGAUUGUAUUGGUCUACUAUACAUGUAAGUUUAAAGCUAAUGGCCCAUG